GACAUUUCUCAGGUUCAUUACAAACUUUUAUUCAGAAGAUCAAGGAUUAAUAUUUAUGCAAACAGAUUCAGAUAUGAUGUUUUCAAUUACCUUGAUGGUCCUUCUGUCAGAGAGGAAAGAACUCAUCUGGGACUGACACGCAUCUGCUGGGCUUUCUCAUAAAACUGUGAGAAUAUAUUGUAGCUAAUAUUCCUAAUAGCAUUUCAUUAAAGGAGUACUCUGACCUAUUUUCAUGCUGAUAUUGACUUGAUUCUUACUUCUUCACAGGUUGGAGUGUUGAUGAUGUGGAUGGACAAAGACCAGAUAGACAUCAGACAUUAUUUAUCUGCAGGAUGUGUGGGAGAAAUUAUGUUUACAAGAAGAACUUACUUAGGCACAUCCGUGUAGAGUGUGGUAUGUUAGCAUACAGCAACAUGACAUCAGCUUGGCGACUAUUGGCAAGAAGUGGUGAAGAUUUUCAGUGUCUCCGAUGUGGAAAAACAUAUAUGCACAAAGGCACUCUUAGUCGUCAUGUCCAAUAUGAAUGUGGCACAGUUCCACGAUUCACUUGCAGAAUAUGUGGAGCAAGAAACAGACGUCGUUAUGGUCUUACAAAUCAUCUCAUCAUGGUACAUGGUGUGCAGAAGAAACAAGCUGAAUUGAAUAUAACAGAAAAAUAUAUAGAAAAGACUGAAAAAUUUCAGUAGCAAUGUAAUUCUGUAGAUAUUCCUUCCUUCUCACUAUGGCAAGAGUAAUAGUUUUUAUAUAGCCAGCUACUGAAAAUUUUACAGUUGCAGAAAUAGUGAAAUAAUUUGAUUGUAUGGUUUUCAGUAUUUCGGUGAAGGCUUUUGUUUUAAUACUGAUGUCUUACACUUAAUUGUUCUUAAUAAGAUAUAUGACAUACAUGUGUUAUACCUUUACACUAUAUGAGGAGACACACUUAUAGACUUACGUGGUAGCUUUGGUGGUUAAUUAGGGAAACAUAUUACAACAAAGAUGUCUUUGGUUUCUUUCCCAGCUGUUCACUUUUGAGACCUAGAAAUAGGAAAAAGUGUAGUUUGUCAUCAGCUAAUAAAUAAUUAAAAAUAUUCACAAGAUGAGAGUGCAUACUCACAUCUAUGUACAGAAAAUAUGUACUUAAAGGGAAGAUGUGGAAACAGAAGUAACAGUGGUAUCAAAAAGAACAGAAAUUUCCAUGUUUGCUUUUUUCAUCUCUCAGGAAGUGAUGACAAAGGAAAUGAAAAGUGAAACAAUACAAACAAGAUCACAGUCACAACCUAGAAAUUAAGAAUGGUAUUUUUAUUAUAUUAGAAAGGAAGUCAUGUAAUGAUACAUUGAAUUUUUUUGAGUAACUGAACUAUAGAUUCUGAGUUGAGCUUUCCCUUCUGGUACAUUUUUGGUGUAUUUACCUUUUCAUCCUUUCCCUCUCCCCUCAUUUCCUGUUCAUAGACAAUACCAAAUCCUUGAAACUUGCACUGGUUUUGGUGCCAAUGUCAGGUGCACUUUGAUGUGUUUACAGUAAGUACAACUUUUUCAAUAUUAAUCAGUUUGUUUCUUAUGUUUAAUUACUAGUUUUAAGCUGCAUGUGUUAAUCAGUUCAACAAUAAGCUAAUUUUAUCAAAUAAUUACAAUUUUAUAUAACAAAGAGACUGAAAGGAGACACUGUUGUCCAAGGGUUCAGUGAGAACUUAUUGCUUAGCCACAGCAAUUUCUGAUCCACUGUGCCAUUUUGUCCUCCAUUUAUAUUACAACUUCAUUUUCUCUGAUUCCAUAAUCUUAACAUUUAUAUCAAAUAUAGUUACUGUAAUUAUUAAUGUCUGACAAUCCUUCAAGGCUUAAUAAAUUCUCAUUUUUCUUCCAUGCUAGAACAUUUCUAUUAUUUGCUUUUUGAUGUAACACAUUAGUUUUUGAAAACAAUCCUAGAUCUAUUCCUUUACACAGAUUGUUGGCAUAAAACAGAUUGUUGUCAUACAUCAUGUUGUGAAGAGUGGUUCAGUAAUGCUUUCCUUCUUUGUUGUAUACAACAGUAUAAUUAAGAACUGAUAAUUGUGGUGUAUGUAGGUUAAUGCCUAAGAAUGACUGCCAAUUUCUCUGUCUUAAAUAGAUAGCCUGUUUCAUAUGCAUGAUCUAAAUAUUAACAGAUUCAGUUAUAGGUGAAAAUGUGCCUAGCAAAAGUUACCAUGAGUAUUAUUACCUGCUAGUCAU